CUGCACCGCUCGUCGGGCUGAGAGGAGACAGUGCAUGGCAACCCCCCCCCUUCUUUCCAUUGGAAACAAGCGGUCCGGAGGAGCGCGAUGCGCUGUGGCAGCAGACGCGCGCGGAGAACCCUCGGUGCCAGCAGGUGCGCGCGGAGGAGCUAUUGUCCAAUAAUAAAAAGGACCUUGGCUCGGUUUCACCCCUGACACACAGAGCGAAAUUAUUAUAUCAUUAUUGAUAUCAUAUUCUCACCAUUGCUAUUGUUUAGCUCAGGAAAGUCGGGGAACCAUCUGGAACAUUUUCUGGUGAAAAAGUGCUUCUGUUUCUGACUCGGCCUGUUCACGGUUUCAUCUUUACUCACAUGACUUAACUGAAGGAAGCAUUUAUCACCUAAAGUGUUGGAUCAGAUCUUUUCUCUAAACCAAAGUAAGAGUGUGUGCUAAGACAUGGGGGACUCCAACAUCAGCCAAACUGUCCCAGCAUAUACAGAGUGGCAGGAGGGUCUCACAGCAGGAAAGUUGGAUCAUUACAUGGACAACUAUGAUAUGGACUAUGGCAUCCUUCCUGACGACAUCCCAGACACCACACAGGGCCAGGCCUUCUUCGUGGCCACCAUUGUUAUCGGUGUGGUCCUUGUCUGCAUCAUGCUAGUCUGUGGGUUGGGAAACUUCAUAUUCAUUGCCACGCUGACACGCUACAAAAAGCUACGCAACCUCACCAACCUGCUCAUCGCCAACCUGGCCAUCUCAGACUUCAUUGUCGCAGUGGUGUGCUGCCCAUUCCUGGUGGACUACUACGUGGUCAAACAGCUGGACUGGAGCCACGGAAUGUUGCUGUGCGCCUCUGUCAACUAUCUCCGGACUGUGUCACUCUACGUGUCCACAAACGCAUUGCUCGCCAUUGCAGUCGACAGGUACAUGGCUAUAGUCCAUCCUCUCAGGCCUCGUAUGAAGUACCAAACCGCCUACUGUCUCAUAACAGGAGUCUGGGUUGUUCCCAUUCUAAUAUCAAUUCCCUCUGCCUACUUUGCCUCUGAGACCAUGUACCCUCAUGGCGGCACCAACCCAACUACCCACAAAGUCUUCUGCGCCCAGAUCUGGCCUGUGGACCAGCAGGCCUACUACAGGUCCUACUUCUUGAUUGUAUUUGCUGUGGAGUUUGUUGGGCCCGUGGUCGUCAUGGCUAUGUGUUACGCCCAAAUAUCUCGUGAGCUCUGGUUCAAGAGUGUCCCAGGUUUCCAGACAGAGCAGAUUAGGAAGAGGCUGCGUUGUCGCCGCAAGACAGUGAUGGUCCUGAUUGGGAUCUUGACGGCGUACAUCCUGUGCUGGGCACCAUAUUACGGCUACACCAUCCUACGAGACUUCCAUCCGACACUAAUCUCCCGACAGAGGAACUCACUGGUGGCCUUCUACAUCAUUGAGUGCCUUGCCAUGAGCAACAGCAUCAUCAAUACCUUAUGUUUUGUAAGUGUCAAGAAUAACACAGUUCAGCACCUGAAGAAGAUUGUACUGCUGCGCUGGAGGUCAACAUAUGCCCCUAGUAAAACUGUGGAUGAGAUGGACAUGAGGACGUCCUCCAUGCCUGUAACAGAGGAGAUUGAAUGUAUUCACUCAAGGUGAAGAGAAGUAAAAUAUGUGAUCUAACAGUCAUUCAAUAAUGGACUGUUGAUAUACAGAAAUUACAUAACUGACUGUAAUGAUGGUACACUUCUUUCGUGUAAGAAAAAAACCUACAUUUUGGGCAGAUCUCAAGCUUCUUGAAGCGGAGAGAAAAAGGGCAAACACUUAGACUACAUUGCUUAAAAUAAACAACACAGCUCAUACUAAGUUGGUCAGUAGUACACACUGUACUUCUUUUCUGGGUAUGUAAAUAACGUAUAAGUGAAUGUAAUUGUACACGUUGUGAUGGUACACUUUGUUGUGAAACCUUGUUGCAUGUUGUCUAAAACAGUGAUUCUCAACGGGUGGGUCGCAACCCAAAAGUGGGUUGCAGGGCCAUUUUGAGUGGGUCAUGGAUAUAUGCUUGAAAAAAAAGGAUAAUUAUUAAAUUUAACAAGACAACAAACAAUUCGUCAUGAAUGAUAUGAACCACAAAACACAACAAAUGGACAGAAUAAAAUUAAAGAAAAACAUAUUUGAUGUUUUUCGCUUUUAUUUCGAAGGACACUUUUCCCAGCAAGUGCGCCUGCGUCAGAGUAACACUCGCUCUCGGGCAUUUGUAAACAUGGCUAAACCGGCAAAACACAAAUAUGACACCAAAUACAUUGAAUAUGGAUUUUGUGGUGAGUAACAAUUUUCAGAAAUUUGGGUCGCGACUUAAUGUCUAAUGCAAAAGGUGGGUCUUGAGGCUUGACCAGUUGAGGAUCACUGGUUUAGAAUAUAUAGAAGCUGUCACUUAUCCAUGGCAUUGACUACUGUACAUAAUGUUUGUAUAUCGUUUAUCUUUUUUGUUGCAAACAAAUGUUCCCAUGUCUGUUGAGUUUCCUAAAAAUAUAUGUAAAAAAAGAAAAGAAUAUAUAUAUAUAUAUUAGUAUUAGAAUAGGGUUAGUUGCUUGCAUGCUUUCUUUGUAAAUGAAUGCA